GUCGGCCACGCCAAACAGAAGAACCCAAACGCUAACUUGCAAGCACUCUCCAGCCAAAAACAUUUCGCUUCUUCCACCCACUCUUGAAUCAUUCGCCUUUCCUUCCUGCCCCUACCGAUGACCUUUUCCUAAACCAACGCCCUGCUUGCUCUCCCCUUGCCAUGGACGGGACAAACGCCGCGGCCGCUGCCCCGCCGCCGGUACCCAUGGCGGCGCCCGUCGUCCCGGUCGAUCUGACGGUCGUCAAGAAGCUCCUCGGGGGCGGCGGCGACCUGGCGGUCCACGACGCGUCUGGCGGUCUCGCCUUUCGUGUCACGGCGGCGGACGGUUGUGGCAGGAGGUGCGGAGGCAGGGCGCUCCUCGACGCCUCCGGGAGCACUCUGGUCACUGCCAGGACCAGCGAGGGUGCGUGGCAGGCAUUCAGAGGAAUUAGUUGGGAACAGACAGACAUAAUUUUUUCAACAAAGGUAAUUUGUGCUUCUUCAGAUCGAAAGGAGGUACAUGUCUUUGUCCCGCCGAGAAGCACAUCUGAGGAGCAAAAACCAAGCUACAUACUCGUAGGAAAUCCAUCUCGAAGAGCAUGCACGAUUAUAAGGGGAAACUCCAUUGUUGCUCAGACAAAUCUCCCGUACAAACUCAAUAAGGCCGUCUAUUCAAGGCGGAAGUUUAGAGUGACGAUUUACCCAGGAAACGAUAACAUUCUGAUCAUGGCAAUGGUUAUGACCUUCCUUGUUCAAAAAUAACAUAGGUGAUGAGUACUCGGACAUUGCUUUCAGAAAGCUGAGAGGAUGAUUUAGUUCAUUCUUCUCUCACUGACCAAUGCACUUACUGGACGAAAAAAGGAUUCUCGAACAUGCACCCAAAUGCGUGUCGUUUUUCUUACUGGACAGGCUGAUAUGUUGUAAAUAUUUUGUUGUUGUCCAGUUUCGUUUUUUUUUUUGGCUAGAUAACUACGUACAUCCAAAUUUUACAUGUUCAUGCCCUAAAUAUUUUUCUCGCAUUCAUUGGCAUCAAGGGAUGGAUAGGACAUGGUACUAUGAAACCCAGCAUUAUCUUCUGAUCAAGACAGCAGUAUGUGUUGCAUAAUUGUGGCUAUAA